AUGGCUUCACAAUUAUCAAAAAAAUUUAUUCAGAAUCCAACACCUUUCCCAACUUAUUUCUUUUCCCAUGGAGGCCCAACCUUUAUGUACGAAUUAGAUGAUUUUGGCAAUAAAGGGGCAUGGAAUGCUGUAAAGAAAAUUGGUAAUAAUAUCAAAAAGAAUUGGAAACCUGAUUACAUUGUUGUAGUCAGUGCUCAUUGGCAAAGUAGUGGAGACAAUUUAAUUGAAAUAAAUUAUCCUAAAAAUAAUGAAGAAAACCCAUUAAUCUAUGACUUUUAUGGAUUCCCUGAUUACAUGUAUAAAGAAGAAUUCCAUUCUAAGAAUAAUUUAUUCAUUGCAAAUGAGAUUAAAGCAGAAUUAGAAAAGAAUGGGUUUAAUUCCACACUCACAAAUCGUGGAAUUGAUCACGGGGUUUGGGUGCCAUUUAAAGUGGCAUUCAGUGAUUAUACCACUCAGUCGAAAACUCAACCAGAGAUCAAAAGUUUAGAUUUACCAGAAACAUCGGUAAUUCAAGUCUCGUUAACUUCAAGAGAUGGUGAUUUUGUUAAACACUUCAAAUUGGGUGAAGUUUUGAGCAAGUUCAAGAAUGAGUUGAUUUGGGACGAAUCUAGACAGAAGUAUUUAAAGGGGUUAAUUGUCUGCUCAGGAAUGUCAGUUCACAAUUUGAGAGAUUUGGGUGCUUCCUUCCGUCAACCUAAGCAACUCAUGCCAUACGUCAAACCAUUUAAUCAAUUGUUGACUAAAACUGUUGAAGAAAAUCAUGGUGACAGCUUAUUGCAGGCGUUUUUGGAUUUGAAAAAAAAUCCAUUAUUGCGACAAGCUCACCCAACUUUAGAACAUUUCUUACCAAUAGUUGUUGCUGGAGGAGUUGCUUCGAAAUCCAAUGAUGAUUUUAAAGAAGUUUACAAUGAUUCAAUGCUCAGUUUAGGUUGGGGUGUUUACCAAGUUGGCCAAUACAAUAACAGCUCAAAAGUGUAA